AUGAGUCGGCCAAACAGAGAAUCUUUACCGAAAUCUGGAUCAUCAGAUAAAGUUUCGCAGAUCUGUGAUAAUGCUAUCGUCGACAAGACGCAUCUGGCAUCCAUAUGUACACAUCUUUGUAAUCAACUAAGAACUAUCAUUAACUUGUUGAUAGACUUUGCUGUGGAUGUUUGCGAUGAAUCAGCAAGUGCGCGCAGUUUGCUUCGCGAAUUAGAGGAAAAGGUAUUGCCGUUUCUGAUAAAUUUAGACAUCGAAAUGACCGCAUCGGAGAAACUUAUCCGGACAAACAUUGAUACAGCAAGGAUUGGUGAAACUAAAGUGGAUUGGUUGUUGAAAUUCAAUAAGUGCAAGCUGGAAAUGCGCGAAAUACUGGUCACCAUUUCUGGCACAGUGUACGAAGAUUUGGAACGAGUGCUAUCGUUGAGGUCUCGAGGUUGUGAUGGUAUAAGUUUCAAACAAGAAUUAAUGCGUUAUUUACGUCAAAUGAAAAACAGCACUGAUAAAUUGCAUAAACAAAUCAAACUGGAACAAAUGGUGCUUACUCAUUAG